CGCAGAGACACACUGAGUCUGAGCUCGGAGACAAACCUGGACGUCCACAGCUGACCCCCGGCAGGACACGUCACGUGACGGAGAUCGGUUCGUGUUUGAUUUUUUCCACAAAAUGCCUCCACCCUCCUCCUCCUCCUCCUCCAUUGCCCCCCUCUUCCUCCUCGUCGUCGUCGCGCGCCUCUCCGGAGCGGAGGACGCGUCUUGCAGCGCGGCCUUCCGGUCCGGACCGGAGGACUUCGUGCUGGACGCGGAGGCCGCGGUGAAGGCGGGGGCAGCGCUGCUGUCCAGCGCGCGCGUGCGCUCCGCGGAGGCUUGUAGGAGCGCGUGCUGCGGGAUGCCGCUCUGCGACCUGGCGCUGCUGCAGCCGCGCGGCGGAGGGGCGGAAGCGGCAGAGCACCGCGAGUGCGUCCUGUUCAACUGCGUGCACCGAAACCGCUUCGUGUGCCGGUUCGUGAACCACAAAGGGUUCCUGAGCUACAUCCGGGCCUCCGUGUUCCAGGUGUACCUGCGGGGACCUCAGGCCACAGGUGACGACGCUCUGCCCAUCGCCAUAGCGCCCCGUGAUGUCAUCAUUCAGCCUGGCGAGGUGGUGACCCUCAGUGGCAUCCAGAGCCUGCCGAUUGGCGACGCCCACAUCUCCAGGUACCAGUGGAGUCUGGUUAGUGGAGACGUCAAUGUCACCAUGGAGAGAACGGACCUACCUGACCAGGUGAGACUCUCCAACCUGCAGUCGGGUUCUUUCGUCUUCCAGCUGACCGUCAUCGACUCCAACGACCAGCGUUCCCGAGCCGCCAACGUCUCCGUGGUCGUCCUCGACCCGGAGCGCUCCAGGACCUUCUGUCUGUCCCCGCUGAAGGUCGGUCCGUGUCGCGCUGCGUUUCCUCGCUGGAGCUACAACGCCACGACCAGCGCCUGUAAGCCCUUCCUGUUUGGAGGGUGUAAGUCCAACAGCAACAACUUCCUGUCUGAGGAAGAGUGUGUGUCUGCCUGCAGAGGGGUCUCAGCGCCUUCAGAGAGAAGCGUCUCUGUGUCCGUCGCUGAGUGCGGGUCUACCUGUGGUCCUGCUCAGCUCACCUGUGACUCUGGCUGCUGCUUGGACAGAAGUCUAGAAUGUGACGAGGUGACGCAGUGCAGAGACGGAGCCGACGAGGAGCACUGCGGCAAACUAAACCAAACCUUUCACCGCCUGCUGGACAUCGACGUGAACCAGAAGAAAGCCCGGUGUGCCGAGCCCCCCCUCACUGGGCCGUGCCGGGCCAAUUUGACCCACUGGUACUACGACCCCCUGAACAGGAAGUGCUUCCACUUCACCUGGGGGGGGUGUGACGGCAACGAGAACAACUUUGAGGAUGAAGACAAGUGCCGCGAGACGUGUGACGGGGUGACAGAGCGCGACGUCUUCUUCAGAGGGAUGUUUGACCGCUUUGGGGCCGAGGAGGAUGAAAGUGAAUCGGGAAACAUCGCGCUGGCCGUUUGUCUGUCGGUGGCCAUCUUGGCUCUUUUGGCCGUGCUGACCUACUGCUUCUUGAAGUCCAGGAAGGAGCGCUCCCAUAGGCCGGUCGCCACAGGGCCCGCCCACGUGGCGCUGUAAGAGCAGGACCACCAAACCCAUGUGAGGCAGUCGCCACAACCGCCGCGGAGCCUGAUCGUCCAUAGCAUUGGUGAUGUCAUCGCGAUGGAUCAGCUGCUCAGCGUGGACUUCCUGUGUGUGUCGGUUUCUCUUUGAUGUAUUUAUGAAUAUUUUGGUUUUCAGAUGUCUUUGGUCAUUCAAAUCUUCAAUAUGUUUUUAACCAAGUCUGUGAUGUUUGACAUCAUAUUACACGCAUAUAUAUAAUAUUUUUGUAUAAAUAAUAUUUCAACACGUCUCCAUGACAACUAAGGCAGGUCUUUAGCGACGGCUGAAAGCUCUUCAGACAUCGUAAAUGAUUGAAUGUUUAAAUAAAUAAAUGGUUUUAUUGAAA